UCUAUCUGAGUCAAUUGAGCUGCAUGUUCUUCUCCAAAUAUUUCUACAGUAAAUUGACUGACGACGAAUUGCAAAACGGCGUCAUGGCUGCUGAAAAGAAAACGUACAUCGACAUCAAGCCGCUCUUAACGGGCCUUUGGCAUGAAUCAUCCCAUGUUUCCCCCUCCGCUAUAGAUAUUGCAGCUGCUAUCGCCCUCAUCUUCACCAAUGACCUCUCCGACGUCCAGACAGGAGCGCUCCUGACCGCCCUCCACUUUACGGAUCGCGAUCGUGAGGCCGAUGUCCUCACCAAAUGCGCUGAGUCCAUGCGUAACGCGGCCCUUCCCACCGAUAUGGAGGCAUUGAAGACGGUAAUAGACUGGCGCGGGCGUCAUGAAGGUACAUAUCACGGCGGGCUGUGUGACAUAGUAGGAACGGGCGGUGACUCGCACAACACCUUCAACAUCUCCACCACGUCCUCCAUCCUCGCCUCCUCUCUCCUCCUUAUCGCCAAACACGGUAACGUAGCCUCGACGUCCAAAUCUGGCUCUGCGAACCUGCUCGAGAAUGCCAUGCCGCUGGCCCCUAAGAUCCGGAAUGUGACUCCUGCAACCCUCACAAACAUCUACUCCGCUACCAACUACUCCUUUCUCUUCGCGCAGGUUUUCCACCCCGGCGCGAAGCAUGCUGCAGAUAUCCGCAGACAGCUCGGCUGGCGCACCAUAUUCAACCUCCUCGGUCCCCUCGCGAACCCCUUGCAUCCGCUCGUCGAAACCCGCGUCAUCGGCGUCGCGCGACGAGAGAUAGGCCCCGUAUUUGCCGAAUCGCUACGACAAAGUGGUGCAAAAAAGGCUCUUAUAAUCUGCGGCGACGAAGAGCUCGACGAGCUGAGCUGUGCGGGUCCCACGCAUUGCUGGCAACUCGCCGUGCCAUCCGGAGCAAGCGAGCCUGAAAUCGCCUCUUUCACCCUCACACCAGAGGACUUUGGGCUGCCACGACAUCCGUUAUCAGAAGUUUCGCCCGGGAAGGAGCCCGCGGAGAAUGCGGCGAUCUUGAUGUCUAUUUUGAAGGGAGAAAGACCUCAGGACGAUCCCAUCGUACACUUCGUCCUCAUCAACACAGCUGCCCUGUUCGUCGUCUCGGGCAUAUGUGAAGCGGAAUCGUCUAAUAUGGGCCCUGGAGAUGACGGGAAGGUGAUUACGGAACGUGGUCCUGCUGGUGGACGCUGGAAAGAGGGCGUGAGAAGGGCGAGAUGGGCGAUUAGUAGUGGCGCGGCGCUCAAGGAGUGGGAAGGGUUCGUAGAGGUAACUAAUAGAGGAUGAAUGGGUUGCACCAUCAUACCCAAUCGAGUAAAAAUCUUGUCACCGUCUUAUUUGUCUUUCAAAAUUCUACAGAAAAUGAAAGCUCUUCAUUCUGUACGAUUGGUACAGAUGCAGAGGCGCUUGAAACAAUAUGCAGACUUAUCUCAAGGCACCAACAUGUUUCAAAACUCUUUCCUCU